AUGGGUCGAAGCAUCAACUGGCAAGAUGCAGUCAGUGGCUCCGCAGCCGGUGCGGUGUCCAAGACUGCCACAGCCCCGCUGGAGCGAGUCAAGAUGGUGCUUCAGAAUCAGCAGCUGUCUGUCGGCAGGGCUGCAAGGACACCACUGCGCAACGUGGUACACGCCGCUGCGCAGCUUCUGCAGGAGCCAUGCGGACUGAGAGGGUUUUGGCGCGGUAACUUGGCCAACGUCCUCCGCGUCGUUCCCACCUACGGGGCCCGAUUCUGGCUGUUUGCCCUGUGCGACGAGACGCUGUCCUUUGUGCCACAGACAGACACAAGGCGCUUCAUCUCGGGCGGCAUGGCGGGUGUGGGUGCCCUGCUGCUAACGCAUCCUCUGGACAUGGUAAGAACCCGCCUGGCUGCAGCACGUGUGUUUGCGGACGAAGCAUCCUACAACGGCUUUGCUGAUUGCUUCCUGAGCGCUUGGAGAAAGGGGGGUGUGCGGGGGCUCUACGCCGGCUGCCUUGCCAGCAUGUUGGAAAUUGCUCCAUACAGCGCCAUCGUCUUCACUUCCUAUGAAGGCAUCAAGCAGCGUUUGAUGCCUGCGGGCAGCACUGGCAUUUUACCAUCCGGGCCGCAGAUUCUGGCAGGAGCAUGCAGCGGGAUGAUUGCGGCAAGCGUUUGCUAUCCGUUGGACACCAUUAGGAGGCAGCUGAUGUUGGAUGGAGCACUUGGCUUUGAUGCUAGAUAUGGUGGCAGCAUUUGGAAAUGCUGUAAGAGCUUGUGGCUCCAAGGCGGCUUCUUAUUGUUUUACCGGGGGUGGACAGCGACGCUGCUGAAAGCUGUGCCGACCGUGACGAUCACGUUUCUGACGAAAGACUUCCUAUCCGACAUGCUGAAGCAGUCCGGAUGA